ACUCCCUCUCUCCUCUAGAUUCCUCACGAGUCAUUCUGACUAUACAUUUACCGAAUCACCCUCCUCGUGCAAUCUCAAUCGCUCAUACAUAUGGACUUUUCAGUAAUUUGAUGGUCAUCUCUUUCUUGCCUUAAAUAUUUCAUAAAGUUCAUUCUUUUAUCUUUUUCGAACUCGACACAUUCCAAUCUGAAACCUCAAAUCUGUCUUAUCUUCUUCUUCUUCGUCUUCGUCAUUGAAGAACUCGUUUUGUAUUUAUUUAUUGUUGUUAAGCUGCUGCAGCAAUUCCCAGUUCCUGCAAUAUCAGCAAUUUUGAGGUUUUGUUUUUCCCCGCCCCCUUCUUUUGAGAUUGCGUUUUUUUAUCUCUUCUCAUUUUGAUUUAUGGCGGCGGGGACAAUGGCGACCGCCGCCGGAGCGGCGGUUUUGUUGUACAUUUUGAGUCGGAGAUUGGUGGCCAAGAGCGGGGAAGAAUCCGAUCGGAGUGGGGAUUUGUCGAAAUCGAGAUCGGGGAGGAGGAGGAUUGCUCGCAGGCCAGCACAAGCACCCGCGACUUGGCUUGAAACGAUAACAACGCUAUCGGAGACGCUUAGAUUCACUUAUUCUGAAACUUUAGGCAAAUGGCCGAUUGGAGAUUUGGCUUUUGGUAUUAAUUACCUUAUGCGGAGGCAGGGUAAUUUGCAAGUUGCAAGUGUAUAUGCUGGUAGUAAUUGUGUACAGCUAAAAGGCCCUGAAAUUAUAACAGAAUUGAAUAGCCUGUUGAGAUUACUAACCCUUUGCAUGUUCUUUUCCAAGAAGCCCUUUCCUGUGUUUUUGGAGUCUGCAGGAUAUUCUCUGGACAAUGUUCUUCUUCAGAAGCCUAAAGCAGGGCUUCUGAAGCCAGCAUUCACAAUUAUACAUGAUAAAGAUUCAAAAUGUUUCCUUCUAUUAAUUCGUGGUACUCAUAGCAUCAAAGAUACGUUAACGGCAGCAACUGGUGCUGUGGUUCCUUUUCAUCAUUCAGUUUUACAUGAUGGAGGGAUAAGCAAUUUAAUUUUAGGAUACGCACACUGUGGAAUGGUUGCUGCUGCUCGAUGGAUUGCAAAGCUUAGCACUCCUUGCCUGCUUAAGGCACUUGGUGAACAUCCCGACCACAUUGUUAAGAUUGUUGGGCAUUCACUUGGAGGGGGUACUGCUGCGUUAUUAACAUAUAUUCUUCGGGAACAGAAGGAGUUCUCUUCUAGCACUUGUGUCACAUUUGCCCCAGCUGCCUGUAUGACUUGGGAUUUAGCAGAAUCAGGGAAGCACUUUAUUACUACCAUCAUCAAUGGAUCUGAUCUGGUGCCUACAUUUUCAGCUGCCUCUGUUGAUAACCUUCGCUCUGAGGUAACAGCAUCAUCUUGGUUAAAUGAUUUGCGGGAUCAAGUUGAGCACACUAGAGUCCUAAAUGUUGUUUAUCGUUCUGCAACUGCUCUGGGAUCUCGUCUACCAUCAAUGGCUAGUGCUAAAGCUAGAGUUGCUGGUGCAGGUGCACUUCUGCGCCCUGUUUCUAGCAGCACUCAGGUUGUGAUGAAGCGAGCACAAAAUGUUGCCCAAGCUGUUGUCAGAACACCUUCAUCUCUAUCAUCAUGGCUAUGCAUAGGGCCAAGACGUCGUUCUGUGGGUCCAUCAGCACACUCUAAAGUGGAUGAUUUGCCAGAAGCUUUUGUAGUAUCUGAAAGUUCUGAUACUAUUGUGGCUGAAGUGCAAACUAAAGAGACAGCGCAGAGCAAACUAGAAUGUAAUUCAAGCAGUGAAACAGGGCAUGAUGAUACUGAGGAAGACGAGCCUCUUAUUUCUGAUGAUAGAGUCAUGAAUUCUUCUGCCAUUGAAGAUGUUACUGAAGGUGAACUGUGGUAUGAACUGGAGAAGGAGCUUCAGAGGCAAGAGAAUGAAGUUGAUAUUGAGGCCCAGGCAGAAGAAGCUGCUGCAGCGAAAGAAAUUACUGAAGAAGAGAGUGUUCUGGCCAAUGCAGCCGAAACCUUAAGUCCCAUAACUUCGGCAGAUGUUUUAGACAGCCACCAGUUCUAUCCACCUGGUAGAAUCAUGCAUAUUGUUUCUGUGCCUUCCAAUAUUGACAUAGAUGAUGGAACCACUGAAGAUGUGGGUAUAUACGAGACACCUAGAGAACUGUACAGUAAGAUCCGCCUUUCAAGAACGAUGAUUAAUGAUCAUUAUAUGCCAAUGUAUAAGAAGAUGAUGGAAUUGUUAAUCAGGGAACUGGAAAAGAACGAAGAUUGUAAUUGUGCGCAAGAUUAGAUAUACAAAGGAAAAAAAAAUGUAUAUCAUAUUCGGUAUUCA